AAAUAAUGCCUUCUCCACAAAUCCUACCCCAAACUGGACCGGCUACUGCAAUAAACCACGCCACCUACGCAUAUCACUUGAACCACUUAAGGGACACCAUCCCACCCCCUGUAGGGGGAGCUUGCUGCACUUUCCUGUUCACAGCUAUACCGCCAUCUGCUGGGCAAAAUCUCUGCCAGGCUUAUUUAACAAUUUAAACUUCACUCCCUUUUUCAGUGUGUGUUUCUCCCUCACCCUCUGGAUCCAGCCAGACCAAAGGCUUCCAUGUGAGGCUCAGCUCUGAGCUGGCAGACAGGAGGAGAGUAGGAUCAUACUCUAACUCACAUGGCUCUGGCCCGAAUCACUGCCCAGAGUGCACACCGUGAGCCCUUACGCAGAACAGCUGAACUUAACAUUCCCUUGGGGCUACGUUUCCGAAAAAAGAUGAUGUCUUACUUCUUCCUUAGCCUCAUUGUGGCAGUCAAAGCAGAAAUAUUGCCAGGCUCCUGUCAUUUUGAGGGGAGCACCUGUGACUACACAGCAGAUCCUGGCUUCCUCAGCUGGAGCUUCAGUCCUAAAGGGCGCUUCAUCACGGUGGAAGCGAUCAAAGAUGGCCAGCAGGAGAAAGCGGUUCUGCUGGGUCCUGAGAUGGAGCAGCAAGCCUGGAGCUGCUUUCGGCUGGUCUACCAACUCAUAGGCAGUGCCUCGCUGCAGGUGCAAAGGCGCGUAGAGAAAGACAGUUUUGACCACGUGCUGUGGUCGAGCAGCAGUCCCUCCGAUAGCUGGCUCAUGGUCAGCAUAGACCUCCAGAACUACAGCGACCCAUACAAGAUUGUUCUUGAAGGCAGGCCUGGAUCAUCCAAGGACAGCAGUGUGUCCAUCUUCAAUGUGAACAUUUCUGAUAAAUACUGCAUCGAAUGUGAUUUUGAGGAGUCUCAUCUAUGUGGCUACACAAACCAGUGGAACAGCAACAUCAACUGGUAUGUUGGGAGAGACACAGCAGACAACACCACCCCCAGUGACGGGCCAGGUGAGCAGGGAUAUGGGCACUACAUGUACGUGGAUUCAGUCUAUGCCAGUAGUCUCCAAGAAGUGGCCAAGCUGGUGUCUCCCAUGACAACAGUGCCCAUGUCAGGCUGCUUGAGCUUUCAGUACCAGCAGGAGCGGGUGGGCAGCCACCUGUUCCAGCUCUACAGCAGAGACCAGGCGGGCCAGUACCAGGAGCUGUGGAGGGCAGACGGGAGCGGUGGGAACUCGGCAGACUGGGGCGCAGAAACUCAGGUGUGGAUACCUGUGCAGGUGGCCCUUCGAGCCCCAUACCCCAUGGAGAUGGUAUUUGAAGUAUCUUUCAACAGUGUAAAAGGGGGUCAUGUCCUUCUUGAUGACAUUUCAUUCUCCCCAGAGCUCUGCAGUGCAGAAUCAGAGGCCAUGUUUGACCCAACCAUAGCAAACUGUGAUUUUGAACUGGACUUGUGCCAGUACACACAGAAUAAGCUAAAGGAUAGUGAGAUGUGGAAGAGAGUUUCAGUGCGACCCAACAUCUACAGAGAAGGAGACCAUACGACUGGGACAGGGUCUUUCUUGCUGGCAAAUUCACACUUCACAUUGCAGACUGGCUAUGUCAGUCGGUUAUAUGGGCCUCAGCUGCCUGGAGACCAGAAAUAUUGCUUGAAGUUCUUCUAUUUGCUUAGAGGUUUCCACCAAAACAGCCAGGCUCUGGCUGUGUAUCUAUAUGACGGGGAAAGAGCCAAACAAAAUGAAAUAUGGACCCAGAGUGAAAAGACCCAGAAUAUCUGGAUACAAGUUGAGCUCAAUUUGCAAAGUGAAAAAAAUACCCAGGUGGUGUUCAUCAGUAUAUGCAACAGUUUUGGGAACUGUGGUCCAGUUGGCCUUGAUGACAUUAGUGUUAAUCUUGGGAACUGUGAGCUACCAUUAGGAUUUUCUCUCUCUGUUCCUUCCCACUGUAACUUUGAGACUGGGAUGUGUGAGAAUACUCAGGACAAACAGGGCGAUAAGGCAGACUGGGUGCUGACAAGAGGCUCGACACCAACCUCCUAUACGGGCCCUAAAGGAGACCACACGACUGGAACUGGUCAUUAUUUGUACAUCGAGGCCUCCUUGAUGCUGCCAGGUCAUAAUGCCCGCCUCCUCUCCAUGCUUCUUCGUGGUUCUAAAGGGGCACAGUGCUUGAAGUUUUUCUACCAUAUGUACGGCUUGGGCACAGGCCAACUCAGUGUCCUGCUACGUUCACAACCAGAGGGCAGAGACAGGCUGCUGUGGGUGCGCCGUGGGGAACAGGGCAUCUCCUGGUUUAAAGCUUCAGUGAACUACCAGUAUGAUCAUCAACACCAAAUUGUAUUUGAAGCCACCCGUGGAUCAUCAAUAAGAAGUGAUAUUGCCAUUGAUGAUAUUACAUUUCAAAAAGGACCAUGCAAAGAUGCUGACAAGCAAAACUCAAAAGAUCCAAACUUGUCUGGAGAUCACAAUAACGUUGUCUGAAACAAACAAACAAAAGGACAAAAUGCAAACACCAAAUAGAACACAUCAUUACACUUGAUAAACAAUUUUAAAAUGUGCUUUAUACUAAUUACUAUAUACAUAUUACUCAUAGCUGCCUUCUCUCGACAGGUGAGACAUAACAUACAGUAAACAUGGUUAAAAUAAGUUUUGUGAUUAGGAGUGUCAAAUUCAAUGCAAGUUCUGUGCAUUAAUAUUAAGUCGUCAGCUCACUUAAAUCAAAUUCAGUUUACAGUUUUAUGUUCAAAAGAGUUCAUGAAUUUGAAGAACAUUUAAUAAAGUGUCAGUUAUACAGGAUUGCACUUAUUUGUUAA